AUGGCAAUGUUCGAAGUGGAAAGUCUAGGGCCUUGGGGUGUGGGUGUGGGUGUGGUGCUCACGUUGAGUCUCGCAACGGCGGUAUCUCAUGUCUGCUAUUGUUUGUUUCUCCACCCGCUGAGACAUUAUCCCGGUCCAGCCUUAUGGGCUGCCACGCGGUUGCCCUGGUGUUGGUAUCAGGCACAGGGACGACUCAACCAGAAGCUACUCGAGCUGCAUCAACAAUAUGGGCAGGUCGUGCGGGUGGCUCCCGAUGAGCUGUCCUAUACUUCAGAAGAGGCAUGGAAGGAUAUCUAUGGACCGCGGUCGGAUGAGAUGGGAAAGGAUCCUGUGUUCUCUCUGCGGACACCGACAGGCGUACAGAAUAUUCUGACGGCCGAUCGAGCAACGCAUACUCGACAGCGCCGACUGCUUUCGCAUGCUUUCUCGGAAAAGGCGUUGCGGGAGCAAGAGGGUAUGAUCCAGGGCUAUGUGGACCGACUGGUGGAGCAGCUAGCCUCUCGAGCGGGAGAUGGCCCUCAGAAUAUGGUGGACUGGUUCACCUUUAUUGCAUACGACCUAAUCCGAGAUUUAUCCUUCGGAGAACACUUCCACUGCCUCGACCAAGCCAAAUACGACCCUUUUGUGCAAUCCAUCCGAGCCAUUUCCAAAGAACUCACCUUCAUCCAAAUGUUCGCCUACUACCAUCUCCUCCAACUGCGUCAACUCUUCAUGCCCAGAGCCAUCGCCGGGGCGCGGGCACAAAACAUGCAGCGCGUCAUCCAGAUCGUCAACCAGCGCGUAUCCCGAAACACCGACCGAAAUGACUUUCUCCACUACAUCCUCGCAGCAAUGAAAACCGAAAAAGGCAUGUCUCGGGACGAGAUGAACGUCAACGCGUUCUCCUUCAGCAUAGCCGGAUCGGAGUCUUCUGCUACGGCCCUGAGUGCAUUUACCUACUUCAUUCUUACGCACAAGGAAGUGUAUGACCGACUUGUGGCCGAGAUCCGCGAAGGCUUUGAAACAUACGAGCAGAUUGAAGUUUCUGCCCUGACCCGACUACCUUAUCUGAACGCCGUGCUUCAAGAAACCCUACGAAUCUACCCCCCGGUAGCCGUGACACUUCCCAGAGUGGUCCCACCCAACGGCGCCACCAUCAAUGGACAAUUCGUCCCAGGAGGAGUAACCGUCGGCGUCAACCACUUUGCAUGCUAUCAUGACCCCCAGAACUUUGACCAUCCCCUCGAAUUUCUCCCUGAGCGGUGGCUACCAGAGUGUCAGGAGAGAUUUGUAAAGGACCGAAGAAACUCCUUCCAGCCAUUCUCGUUCGGGCCGAGGAACUGUCUGGGGAAGAAUCUGGCGUGGGCGGAGAUGCGCUUGAUUGCGGCGAAAUUGCUGUUUCGGUUUAAUAUGGAGUUGAGUGGGGAGAGUGGUCAGUGGCUGGAUGGGCAGAGGGUGUUUGGGUUUUGGGUGAAGCCGCCGUUGAUGGUGAGGGUGGUGGGGAGGGGGUAG